AUGAGUAGGAACGUCGAUAAAGCUAACUCUGUUUUGGCACGUAUUCAGGAACUUCAGGCAGAGGAAAACUCUAAUUAUAAAAAUUAUUCUCGCUACAAAAGACCAAAAUCCCCAUACAAAAUUCAGAGCUUACAAGAAUGUUACAACUGGAGAAGAGAAAUCAAUAGAGAUCUUGAUCAAGUGUAUACCAAAUUAUUCGAUCUUUCCAUUAACAGUACACAAAUCAAAGAACUCGUCGCUAAGUAUAAUGUUUUAUUACAAGAACUUAAACUUUGGGAUAAGCACAUAGUCAAGGACUUGCAUGGACAACCAAGCAGGAGAAAAUAUAAUAAUAAAAAAGUGCUGAGGUUCGAGGGGCAAAUAUAUGUCGGUAGAGGUCUAGAGUUGAUUAAAGACAAGAUGCUGCCAAAAAAUGGGCCAGAUAAUAACACGAAUCAAAAACUUUUUCGUAAAAAAAUACGCGUUGACAACCGAUAUUAUAAUUUCAAAGAUAUGAAGCACGAUAUAUUCAGCCAGCCUGUCCCGAAAACUCCCCAAUUUAGUAUUCCUACUAGGCAAGACAUAGAAUCAUGGUUAGUUGAAAAACGUAAAGGUAAGCUAAAGGCAAUUAUAUACGAAAAUUCUACAUAG